AUGUGGAUUGAAUCUGGACCUCUGCGGUGUGUGCGCAAGCAUGAGUGUAGCACACCUGGAUGCACAAUCAUGAAUCAUGCGACUGGUCAGGUUGUUCGGUGGUGUUGUGUUGAUGUUGUUAUUGUUGAUGUUGAUGUUGUUGUUGUUAAUGUUGUUGUUGGUGUUGAUGUUGUUGUUGGUGGUGUUGAUGCUGUUGUUGUUGGUGCUGAUGUUGUUCUUCUUGGUGUUGAUGUUGUUGUUGUUGGUGGUGUUUUUGUUGUUGGUGUUGAUGUUGUUGUUGUUGAUGCUGAUGUUGUUCUUCUCGGUGUUGAUGUUGUUGUUGUUGUUGUUGUUGUUGUUGUUGUUAAUGUUGUUGUUGUUGAUGUUGUUGGUGUUGAUGUUUUUGUUGUUGUUGUUGGUGUUGUUGUUGGUGUUGUUGUUGUUGUUGGUGGUGGUGGUGGUGGUUAA